UAGUACUUACUAUUUAAAAUGAGAUAAAUGAUAGAUCUAAAUCGUUUGGAAUUUGGAUUUGUGUUGCGUGAUAUAUAUUGCGUUAAACUAAUACUUCGUUUCUAUUUCUAUAUGCCGGUGGUAUUCACUUACUUGAAAUGAAAGGGUUUAUUAAAAAUUAACCAAUUUAUAAAAAAUAUCUCUAGAAACAGCAACCUUAGUGCAUUGUUCUAACCACAUAUGAAAAUGUUUGAUAAGGUUUCCGUUUUAAUUUUAUGUGCCUUGUCUGUAAGUAAUGCCAUACUACAAGGCACAGUUGAUAUUAAGAGGUUACAAGGAAUACUAGAAGAAGGAUUAAAGACAAACGAUGUUGGGUCUAUUUAUUAUUCAUUAAGAGGAUUGAAACAAUUAAAUGCUAAACACUCAGAUGUGUGUCAGGAUUUAAAAAAUGCUAAAUAUGACAUAAAUAAUGUAGAACAAGUGUUUUAUGUCACUAAUGCUGCACAACUAGCUGGCUGCCAGAACUUUCUGACUCCCGAUGUCUUGAAGGCACCAAGCCAAACCCUGGAUAAAAAAGAUGCCACCGUAGCAGAACUUUACUAUGCGGUGUAUUCUUUAAAAGCUAUGGGCAAGGGUUCAAUUUAUGACAAAGAAGAUGCCUUGAAGAAUCUCAUACAGUUGUUGAAGAAGGAUGAUUCAGCCGCCAAUUAUGGUUUUGUGUUUGCUCUAUGUGAGCACAUGGGCUGUGGUGCAUGGACUGCCCAGCACUCUGAAGGAAUCAUCUUAUCUGCUGAUGAGAGUGACUCCAAAGCUCUCCAUUUUGAAGGUGGAUUGCCGGUCACAUCUUUUUUGCUGACUUCUAUAUUAAGAACAUUUAAAUCACUGAAGAUGGCAUCCCCACUAUCAGAGGAGCAACGCUACAAAUUUGCGGCGUAUUUGCUGUCACGGCGAUCUGUCAACACACCCCGAGGAGCAGCCUUGUUACUGGAGGCCGCUUAUGCUAUUGCAGAUGAACAGCCUACACCUAUAAGCAUUGCAUUUAAAGACAGAAAGUACAUCACAUCAGAAGUGGACACCAUAGACUUCACUGUAACAGACUUGAUUGGGCGUCCCAUACGGUCCUUGAAGCCUGAAGAUGUAGUCGCUCAAUCAGGAACAAGACUUGCCGAUGAUGUUGUUGUACUUUCGAAGCAACCACUCACACAGAAACCAAAUGAGCCUACAACUUUCGUCCUUAAUCUCAGCAAAAUUAAAACACAGUAUGGCAUGUACAAGAUUUCUCUUGCGGCUGGUACAAAAUCUGCAAACUUCAAUGUGGCCGUUCUGGGUGAAGUACAAGUGAGCCACAUAGAAAUUGGUAUUGGCGAUGCGGAUGGUACCACCAGUCCCAAACUAACAACCAUUACAUAUCCAAACAAACUUAAUGAAAAACUACAGGCGGAUCACAUGCAAAAGAUUUUAUUAAAAUACACAGUGAAAGAUAAAUGGAACAAGGCAGUGACAGUUCAACAGUCCUUUGUUCGUAUUGCUCCUGUGGGCGGUGAGGAUGAAGCUAUAUUUGUGGCUGAGCCUGAUAAUACCAAAACAUAUAAAGUAGAAUUGAAUGUUGGAACAUUAUCAAAACACUUGAACAAUCUGUCUGGCAACUAUCUUGUGAGUGUGUAUCUCGGAGACAGUGCUGUCUCUAAUCCUGUACAUUGGGACAUUGGAGAGAUCAAUUUCAACUUCGGAAAAGACGCAACUGCCAUUGGUGUGUCGGGAGGCAGUACCAAGGGGGCGGUCUCCCGCGGGCCGCUGCCGGAGAUCGCGCACCAGUUCCGUGUGGCGGAGCCCCGGCCCGCACGACUCGUGUCGGACGUGUUCGCGGCGGCGUGCGCAGCGCCCCUGCUGCUGCUCGUGGUGCUGUGGGCGCGGCUCGGAGUCAACUGCCGCCUGUUCCCCUUCACACCCGCCGCUCUCAUCUUCCAUCUAGGACUUGGAGGUUCCCUGUCGCUGUAUGGGCUGCUGUGGCUGAAGUUAUCGAUGUUCGAGACGCUACGCUACAUGGUCCCACUGGCGGCCGCCACCUUCCUCUCCGGACACAGCUUGCUGCGCCGCCUCGUCAGCGACAAGACGAAGCGUGUCUAGUGUCACAUUGCAUGUGUCGAUUGCACUCUAGUGUUUAGUCAUUUAUUAAUGCCCGUUUAAAUGUCUUAAAAUAACCAUAAAGGUACAUUUGAGCCUAAAGUAAGAAUAGAUUAAUUACAACACCAAGAAAGUGCAAUAUCUAUGUCACACCAGUUUGUUUUGAGAUUUGAUUCAAUUGAUUGAUUCGUUCAUAUUUAUGGUGUGUUUGAUAUAUUUAUGUGAUAGAAUAAAAUGAUUGACUGUAAAAAGUUUUCAAUAAAAUAUGAAUAAAU